GCUUGCUGUGGAGGUUAUGAGGGUGCUUCUGGGAGGGAAGGCGGAGGAGGAGACGGGCAGGAAAUUUGUGUGUAGCUUGAGGGCAUAGGGCGCUAGUGGGGUAGGAGUGCCUACUCAGGAGCUUCAGGCUGGGUCUCGCCUCUUCAUUGUCCCGGAAAAGAUACUCAGUUUUGCCUGAUUUCUGUAUGUUGUCAUCUGUACGCCUCAUUCGCAGAAUAGUCCGGCUUGUUCAUUCCCCAGUCUGCAAUCCUUCCCGCUCCUUCAUGGAUUUGAAGGUGCUCGUUUCUUCCUUGAAUGACUUUGCAUCCCUCUCACUUGCUGAGAGUUGGGACAAUGUUGGGCUACUGGUGGAACCAAGCCCACCACACACCGUACACACUCUCUUUCUUACCAUUGACUUGACCGAGCAAGUAAUGGAGGAGGCACUGCAGAAGAAGGUGGAUCUCAUUCUCUCCUACCACCCACCCAUCUUCCAACCCCUGAAGCGUAUAACCUGGAAAACCUGGAAGGAGCGCCUGGUGAUCCGGGCUCUGGAAAACAGAGUCGGGAUUUACUCUCCUCACACAGCCUAUGAUGCUUCACCCCAGGGAGUCAACAGCUGGUUGGCUAAAGGGCUAGGAGUUUGCACCUCCAGGCCCAUACAUCCUUCCAAAGCUCCCACCUACCCCACAGCGGGGACGCACAGGGUCGAAUUCAGUGUUAAUGGCACGGAAGACCUGGACAAAGUCAUUUCUGUAGUGAAAGAUAUUACAGAUGUUUCUGUCACUUCUUUUUCUACAAGGACUGAUGAGGAGGAGCAAACACGGGUUAGUCUGAAUUGUAGUCAGGAGGCCUUGAUGCAAGUGGUGGCUUUUCUUUCACAGAGCAGACAGUUCUAUCAGAAGACCGAAAUUCUGUCACUGGAGAAGCCUCUGCUCCUGCAUGCUGGAAUGGGACGGUUAUGCACACUGGAUGAAUCUGUUUCCUUGGCUACCAUGAUUGAGCGAAUCAAGAGGCACCUUAAACUACCUCAUGUUCGCCUUGCUCUUGGAGUAGGAAGAACCUUAGAGUCUCCAGUCAAAGUUGUGGCCCUGUGCGCUGGUUCUGGAAGCAAAGUGCUGCAGGGGACGGAGGCCGACCUUUACCUCACAGGCGAGAUGUCCCACCACGAUGUUCUGGAUGCCGCGUCCCAGGGGAUAACUGUUGUCCUCUGUGAACACAGCAACACGGAACGAGGCUUCCUUUCUGAUCUUCGAGAUAUGCUGCGUGCUCACUUGGAAAACAAGAUUGAUAUUAUCCUGUCAGAGGCAGACCGAGACCCUCUUUGUGUGGCGUAGAGCCUCCUGGAGGAGCGGGGGGACGGCCCCCACCUGAAUGCCUAACGGGAAUUGGCGCAGCUCGAAUCCUCCUGGAAGAACGUCUUAGAAUGUACAUUAUUUCUGGUUUGUAAAUCCGCUUCAACAAAUGUUCUGUAGCUCAUAUGGUAAAAAUCGUAACAGUGACCAUUCAGAACAAGUAUUCAUUAUAAGAGGAAUUAAGAUGAUUAUACAAUGUAAAUCGUAUUUCAUUAUAAACUCCUGGAAAGAUCCACUAAAAUCUGUUUACUUAACAUUCUGGGGAAGUUGCUCAAGCAGUCUUCUCCUUAGUUUACUUAUAGAUGGGAUGUGUUGUUCUAGAUAUUUCUGCCCUUGGUUAGUUUAGAAAUAUACUUUAAAAAACUUGAGAUUGGAACACUUAUUUCUAGGUAGUGGCCUCUAGGGGGUGAUAAGGUCUUGUCUCUGUUCCCAUUUGUAGAUCACUACGCUUUGACCUUCUGAUUUCAGGAUCAGGAUGAGGUUUUGUUUUUUUGUUCUUUAAUAUACAUGAUCAUUAUUCAUGACUAUUAUUGCUUUUUAGAUAACUUACCUGAAAUUUUUACUAGUAAUACAGAAAGAUAGCUUUUAGAAUAAUCCCAGUUAUCAUGCAAUAUUAAUUUCAUGCUAGGCAUUCUCGGGUAUGUUAUAAACACUUUCAAUCUGUAGAAACAAGAAUGUGGGUAUUAUGAUUUCCAUUUAACAGAUGAUUAAACUGAAACAGGUUAUGGAGUUUGCCCGAGACCACGUGGCUAGAAAAUGAUGGGAGUUUGAACACAGACUCAGGCAGUCUGGCUCGAGUCUGUGUUCUUUACUGCUUCUUAAUGAACAAUGCUGAUAAACCUGAUAGAGGAGAUAGUAGGCAAUCCAGAAGAAAUUCAUUUUAACUGGGAUUUUCUCUGGGAGGUAUGGGAGGUUUUUCUUUUGAAUUCUGUCAGAUUUCCAGUUGCUCUGGGGAGUUUUUUCCUUUGGUAAUGACAAAAGCCCAUUUGUUAAAAUACUGUCUAAGGGGCGCCUGGGUGGCUCAGGGGGUUAAAGCCUCUGCCUUUGGCUCAGGUCCUGAUCCCAGGGU